UCCAUUCCCUAGGAAUUUUCCCAUCUACUUUACUUUAGCUUGACUUAACCAUGUCUAUAUUUGAGAGGCAUAAAUAGUCAGUCACACACAAUCGCAACUACACUUACCCAUAUUUUGCAUUUAUUUUCCCGUUCAUUUAUACUUUAUCCAUUGCAUUGAAAUGCCAUUUCGUUACAGCGGCAGGAAAAAUAGUACACGUAAUUUAUUCUUUUUGAUUGUUUUCGCUUUUAUUCUUAUUUUUUAUUUCGUCCAUCUGGGAUACUUGCAGUAUGCAAUACCACAACACGAAUCGGCAGACGAAUUUUACAAACAUUUCGAAAGCGGUCGCCGAUCGGAGUCGCUCAAAAUUAAUGGAUCAAUCUACAGCCGAAAAGGAUAUUUCAGUCACGUGGUCAUGACAAACCGAAGUUUGGACAAAGAGGCGUAUUUGGACUCGCUGGAGUGGAAAAACUUCACAGCUGACAGAAACUUCAUGAGAGAUCACUGUGGGAACGAACUGAAUAUUGGAAGGUGGACACCCGCCUCUUCCUCGGCUACAAAGAUCUGCCUGUUGCCAUUAGCAGAAGACAGGUUUGUGAGUCAAAGUGUAAAGGUGUAUGGCAACUGGGAAGUGGACAUACAGAGACACCUGUUCAUGAAUAUCAUCCCCAAGCACCCCCAGGCAGCCUUCGUGGACAUAGGGGGACACUUGGGAACUUUCAGUCUGUCAGCAGCUAAGAUGGGCCGUGAAGUAUUCACGUUCGAACCCUCCCCCAAAACAUUCCAGUUCUUGUCAGCCUCAGUGCAGGUGAACUCCCUGCAGAGCACCAUGCAUCUCUAUCCAGUGGCCCUUCUGGACAAGAGACACAAGUGUGCGAAGUCAAGGGUCAACCCCACCAACUUAGGAGGCAGUCCAGUCAUCGUGGGGUUCAAAUGUGACAGUGAGAGCUCGCCAGUUGCAACCUUAGACGACCUUCUGCCAGUCUUUGAGCGACGGGGCCUGACAGAAGCCAUCAUCAAAAUCGACUGUGAAGGCUCGGAACCUUCUGUGUUUAUAGGAGGGGAGAAGUUCCUCACUCAAAUAUCAGUGCCUUUUAUUCAGAUGGAGUUUUCGGGAUUGAAGAGAAUGUUAGAUAAUAGGAAAACAGAAAGAUUCUUCAGAUUAAUGAAUAGAUUGAAUUACGUUCCAACUGUAGUUGGAUCUGACAAAUUACACAACUUACUCAAAACUGACUACAAGGAUUGGCCUGAUGACAUCAAUUGGAUAAAAACAUGACUGCUUUAAUUUACUGUUUCAUUAGCAAUUUUUACAUUUGAUUUAAAGUCUAGAAUGAUUGUGUUUAUUUUCAGUAUCUUGUAUAUUGCUAAUUUGUAAGUAUAC